CGCCACUCUCAAAUCUCUGAGCCGACUUCGGCCGUGUCCUUGCGAUUUCGAUAUAUCAUUCUGCUUUAUUAUAACUAGUUAACAGUUAGUUAACUAUUCUGCGUCGUUGACUCAUCACCUGCAUGCUUCUACUGGCUCCUCUUCUGCUUCAGAUUGCAUCAUUUGUGCCAAUGCCUUGUUGAUUCCUGUCUAACAUCCCCAAUCUGUCAUUAACAAUGGCGACGGCCGCCGCUUCUUCUUCUUCUUCCUCUUCCUCCUUCGUUAUCAGAACUCCUUGCUCCUCCGCCAAUAUCGGUCCCGGUUUCGAUGUGAUCGGCUUGGCCCUGUCGCUCUACCUCGAGCUCAAAGUCACCAUUGACGCCUCCAAGAGAGCUUCAACGCACCCCCUCAAUUGUGUCGUUACAUACGAUGACCUGAGUGGAAGUACCGAAAAGAUCAGCCUGGACCCCGAGGUCAAUCUGAUUACCCGUGUAGCUCUGUACGUACUUAGAUGCAAUGACCAGAGGGCUUUCCCCGUCGAAACCCACGUCCAUAUUGUAAAUCCAAUCCCUCUUGGUCGCGGUCUGGGUUCGUCCGGCACCGCCGUCGUGGCCGGUGUCAUGCUGGGGAAUGAAGUAGGCCGUCUUGGGCUGAGCAAAGAACGCCUCCUCGAUUACUGCCUAAUGAUUGAGCGACAUCCCGACAAUGUGGCUGCAUCUCUAUUCGGUGGUUUUGUGGGAACUUAUUUGAACGUUCUCAAACCCGAAGAUGUAGCUCGCAAGGAGAUCCCUCUAAGUGAGGUUCUCCCGACCCCAGCUGGUGGCAUUGACACCGGUAGAAGACCACCCGAACCGCCCCUUGGUAUCGGUCACUACAGGAGAUUCCCCUGGGCGAAAGAAAUCAAGGCAAUUACCAUUAUCCCGGACUUCGUCGUACCCACCGCAGAAGCACGGAAGGUUCUGCCGAUGAUGUACACGAGAGAGGAUGUUGUAUUCAAUUUGCAGCGUGCUGUUCUCCUUCCGGCAGCACUGGGAAGCUCUCCUCCCGAUGCCGAUACAAUCUACCUGGCCAUGCAGGACAGGGUCCAUCAGCCAUGGCGUCAGGUCCUAAUACCGGGCUUGACGGAAGUUCUACAAUCUGUGACGCCAUCCACGCAACCAGGUCUCCUGGGAAUCUGCCUGUCAGGUGCAGGCCCAACUAUUCUUGCUCUAGCGACGGAGAGAUUCACAGAGAUUGCGGACUGCAUCCUUGCAAGGUUCGCAUCCUAUAACAUCAAUUGCCAAUGGAAACUACUCGAGCCUGCUGGAGACGGUGCUACUGCAACGUGGAAUUAAAAGAAAGAAAAAAGGGCACAUGAAUGGGGUUGGGAGCUUAGCAUUGAAUGGUCUCAAGAUGAUCGCAGGGAUAGAACACACGUGGUGAGCUUUAUUGAUUCUGUAUAUGGUCGUUUCCAGGUCCUCUCCUUUUCAUAGACAGUGUCUAAAGUAAAUCAGCGUUGGAGAGCAGGCAUUAAAAAACAUUUCGUUGGCAUGCACGGCAAUCUAAACCUCUCUAGCUGGAUCUGUUGGCACUACAUGUUUGCGUAAUCUUCUUUACCAUUAUUAUUGUUGCGGUGAAAUACCCCAUAGUAAGCAUGCCACAAAAUAUAUUCAAGGGUACGCUGUAAAGA